AUGGCGGCGGUGGCGUGGGCGCAGCUUCUUCGGGGGGCGCGCGGAGCGGCCUCGCGACGCGUCUGCAGCACCAGGGCUCGCGCCAGGGCCGCCUCGGCCGUCGCGCAGGAAUUACAGAGCUCAGGAAGCAGACGCUUUGUGCUAGAACGUGCUGCUCCAUUCUCUGCUUUUUUGAUGGACAGCUUUGGGCGGCAGCAUAAUUACUUGCGAAUUUCAUUGACUGAGAAAUGCAACCUCAGGUGUCAAUACUGUAUGCCUGAGGAAGGUGUUCAGCUGACUCCAAAAUCAGAGCUACUAACUGCUCAGGAGAUAAUCACCUUAGCCAGAUUGUUUGUGAAAGAAGGUGUGGAGAAGAUCCGACUGACAGGUGGAGAGCCACUUAUCCGUCCCGAUGUGGUGGAUAUUGUGGGUCAAUUGUACAAGCUAGAAGGGCUGAAAACCAUUGCUGUCACAACCAAUGGGAUCAACUUAACCAGACUGCUGCCCCGGCUGAAGGAGGCAGGACUGAAUGCAAUUAACAUUAGCCUGGAUACUUUGGUGCCAGCUAAAUUUGAGUUCAUUGUCCGAAGGAAAGGAUUUCACAAGGUAAUAGAAGGAAUCCACAAAGCCACUGAACUUGGCUACCGUCCUGUUAAGGUGAACUGUGUGGUGAUGCGAGGCUUCAAUGAGGAUGAAGUGCUCGACUUCGUGGAUUUCACAAAGGAUCUACCCCUUGAUGUGCGGUUCAUAGAAUACAUGCCCUUUGAUGGCAAUAAAUGGAACUUCAAGAAGAUGGUGAGCUACAAAGAAAUGCUUGAUACAAUUAAACAACGAUGGCCGGAAUUGGAGAAAUUGCCCUGUGAGACUUCCAGCACAGCCAAGAGUUACAAGGUGCCACAUUUCCAGGGACAAAUCAGCUUUAUCACAUCCAUGUCAGAACACUUCUGUGGAUCCUGCAAUCGGUUGAGGAUAACAGCAGAUGGAAACCUAAAGGUGUGCCUUUUUGGGAAUUCAGAAGUGUCCUUGAGGGAUCACCUACGGUUGGGUGCCUCAGAGGAGGAGUUGAUUCAAAUAAUUGGAAAAGCAGUGGGCAGAAAAAAGAAACAGCAUGCUGGCAUGUUUAACAUUUCCCAGAUGAAAAACCGGCCAAUGGUCCUGAUUGAGCCUACACUGAUGUUAUUCCCACUAUGCCAAGAUGCCCUACAGGAUCCCCCAAAUUCAAAACAGUGGGGCCAUACAUUUAGCCAUGGGCUGACUUUGAGAACAAGUUUACCCAAACAAAAGGGAAAAGCAUCAAUGAAAAAUAAACUCAUGGGGCAACUUUUUCUGCCAGGAUCUCACCCAGAGAAACAAUGGCACGUAGCAACGGGAAUUCUACAAACCCAGCUCCAAGGCUACUGUGUCUUCCAGAAGGACCCAAGCUCCGCAUUUGAUACAAAGUGCCUUGAUGCUUCUGUUGGCCAAGUUCCUGUGGACUGUCAGUCUGAAAAGGCAUAUUCAGGAUCUGAAUUCCAUACCAGGGAUUCAGCAUCUUGCACUAAGUUACCUUGUGCCUCUGACAACUUGACUCACACUGAUGAGGAAGGACGGGCCACAAUGGUUGAUGUUGGAGGGAAGCCAGAUUCCAGAAGAAGUGCUGUUGCUGGUGCUGUGGUCCUCCUGGGUGAGAAGGCAUUCAGAAUGGUGAGGCAAAACCAGGUGAAAAAAGGGGAUGUGCUGGCAGUCGCCCAAAUUGCAGGAAUUCAGGGAGCCAAGCUGACCAGCCAGUUGAUCCCAUUGUGUCACAACAUCCCUCUGUACCAUGUUGAGGUGUCUCUGAGCCUGGACGAGGCCAGGCAUGCAGUGGUGAUUUGCAGCUCCUGUCACACCUGGGGGAGGACAGGUGUUGAGAUGGAGGCUCUCACAGCUGCCAGCCUGGCUGCGCUGACAGUGUACGACAUGUGCAAAUCAGUCACUCAAGAUAUCAUCAUCCAAGAGCUGAAAUUGCUUAGUAAGACAGGUGGGCAGAGGGGAGACUUCUCAAGGGUGUAGAUAAUACUCAGAUACCUCCAGCCCUCCAAGUGACCACUGCUCCUGUUCCAGCCUCUUACAGAAGUCCUUUUGCUCAGCUUGGACACCUCAGCAGGUGUGUGCAAUACAGCAAGCCCAUGGCUCCAGCAUUGCCUUACUCUGUCAGCUUGCUGCUGGGUGAACAGUGGAGCCACUUAUCCUUGUUGAAACUCAUGUAUAUUUUCUAGACAGACUUCUCCACUCUGCCAGUACCUCCAUUUCAGUAUUGUCAUGAUGAGACUGAGAAAAUAUUCCUGCUUAUACCACAGAGGUUUAUGGUUUAUGGGGUUUUUUUUCUCUUUCAUGCUGUGAGUACAUCUGCUGUCAUCAUACUGUGCAACUCUGAGCUCUGGAAAUGAAGCCAGUGCUGAAAGUUGGCAACCAUUUUUAAGUCAAGGAUUAAGACUUCAAAGUGGUGUCUGUCCAUCUUUCCCCUGACCUCCUUAAUUGAAUUUAGAGGGUGACAGUGAGAACUACACAGCUGGGGAACUUCACCAUAUGCCAGAGAUUAUAAACAUAGAACAGUCAAGAGUCAAGGGGCAGCUCUCAUCCCUUUGCAGUGCUAGUGCUUCCCUUCACAGAAUCAAAGAAUCCCAGAAUAGAUGGAUAAGGUUGGAAAGGACGACAGUGGGUCACCUGAUCCAACCUCCCUGCUCAGGCCCCAGAGCACAUAGCACAGGGUUGUGUCCACACUGGAAUAUCUCCCGUGAGGGAGCCUCCAUAACUUCACUCAGGAAUCUGUUUCAGUGCUGAGUCACCUGCAGAGUAAAGAAGCUCAGGUGUAACUUCCUGUGUAUCAGUUUCUGCCCAUUGCCUCUUGUCCAGUUGCUCAGCACCACCAGGUGGAGCCUGGAUCCAUAUUCUUGGCAUGUCCCCCUUAGACACUGAUACACAUUGAGACAUCAGUCUUCUCUUUUGGAUGCUGAACAGGCCCAGCUCCCUCAGUCUUUCCUCAUAAGAGAGACACCUGCAAGUGGGAAAUAUCCACGUAUCGGUUUCAAAAGUAAAAAAAAAAAAGGCAGCCACCCAGUUUUCUGCCUUGUGCUGUGUGAAACAUGAUGCAGAAAGAGGAUUUCUGCAUUUGGAAGAAUUAUUUUUUCUGAUCUGAAAGAUAUGUUUUACAAUGUUAGAAGCAUGUUCCAGCAUUUUGACCUUAGCACUGAAAUAUAUGGAUACCCUGUUUGCAUAGUUAAGGGAUUAAUUUUGCCAUGCACAGAAGUAAGUAUUAAACUCUCCUUGACUUUAGAAAGAGAUGUCACACCAAGCCCUAGAAAUCUCCAAAUUUUUAAUGCUAAGGUGCAGCUCCUAGUAACCAGCAAUCUGCAUAGUCCUGACAGAUAAAAGACUUUAGUGCUAGUAGCCACUUGGAAAAUUAAGAUGCUUUUGCCUCUGCCAGAGUAUUUUCCUGAAUGUUACUUUAAUUUGCUUUUCAUGAAGUCUUUUGGCCUUGGAGCACUUAAGUGUCCCCAUAAAUGUAGCAAUGGCCACAGUCAUGUAGCAUUAAUUAGCUUGGUAAUUAAGUGUCCUAGAUAAGAAAUUACUCAACAUUCUUGUUAAUGGCUACUUUUCCAAUGUUAAUUAAGUGCUCUAAACAGGGUGUUACUGGUUGCUUAUGGCUAAUGUGAAGUUGCACAUGAUUCAGGGUGUUCCCUCCAUACACCGGGUUAAAGAGCUCUAGUAAGGUCAGUGAUACUUCCAAAAAUCACCUUAAGCUUUAGAGUUUAAAGUACAGUGAGCACACCAUGCUGCCACGCACAUCCUGCUUACGUAAAGUAAGCACACGUCUCAGAUGAGUAGGUUUUGCUACAGAUCUUUCACAAAUGUCAUAUGCCAGCUACAACAAAAGCACUCUUUCCAUUGCAGGUGAAUUGAUUAGAUUCUUUAUUUGUUGUCACUGUGAGAUAAAAUACAUAGAGUGACAGACAUAGCAGCUGUAGCUGAAAGGGAAAGAAAUUUGGAAAGCUUGGUGCCUAAAAUCCAUAAGCAUUUGUACAUCAGUGAUGUGGUUUAGGAAUGGUAUUCCUCAAUUUAGUGGUUUACUCUCUCUUGCUCCUCCCUCCCUGAAGUGGGCUGGUGAGGAGAAUUGGAGGCACAGUAGGUAAAAAUCAUGGGUUCAGAUAGGAACAAUUUACUGGAAACAGCAAUGGAAUAAGAAAAUGAGCAGUAGCACCUUUAAUAAUAGAGGGAACAGGCACCACGUGACCAUUCCCUUACUGGAAGAGACCUCUUCCCUGGUCCCCAUAAUAACCUGCCAUGCUGUUAGCCAUGCCUCUCUUGGCUCCUGCAAAAAUCACUCAUGUCCUGGCCAGAACCAGGACAAUCUACAUUCAUUGUUACAGUCUUGACUCCCUGUCACAUUCCCAGGAGUGUAGCUGGCACUGCCAUACUGACACCAACAAUCCCACCCAAUCCUGCAAAUACAGAUUGCAUUGAUCUGUGGAACUGCUGUUUCCAUAGCACGAAAGAUUCCUUAGCUCAGCAAGGAAACAAAGUGCCAAGAAAAGGAAGCACAUGUAUAACCUGCUAAGUCUAUUGACUGACACAAGCACCUCCCAACAUACCCUGCUCUCCUGGCCUGCCCCUAGGCUCUAGCUAAUUCUGAAAAUGAAAAAGAAACUCUGUGUACUCAGUAGUAAUAAAACAAUAAUUUGGGCAUAUGAUUCUUUGGCUUUUGAGAAGUUUGCUGUCAUGCUGUAAAGCUCACACAAAGGACUCAGGGCCAUACGAGCUACUACUGAGCACACACGUGACCACCACGCACAUCUUGCUACUUACGCACAUUUCAUUACUUCCUCGGUUUGAGAGUGGCUGGAAGUGCAGGGCAAACUGACUUUGGUGCCAUUUUAUGCUCAUGUUAUACUAUCAAGUCUUUAAACUAUGCACAUUUAUAGGUAAUGAACCAAACAUGAGUUAACAUUUUGCGAGAGAAGUGGGUUGAAAGCGCUCUGUGGUGCUGGGUGGGUCAUGGUGAUAUAUGUUGAUGAACUGACUACUUUUUGAAGGCUUGCUUUUUUUGUCCACUGUAUUUUUAAUAAAUACUAGUUGUAAUGGA